UGUACAUUAAUAAUAAGUAGUUUAAAAAAUAGAACACCGGUUUUUUGUUAAUAGAUUAUUUAAUUCUCAGAAAUUUACUCAUAUCUAGAAUUUAGAAGUUUUCAAUGAAAUUUUUUGUGGACAACUAGUGUCGAUGGGCGUCUUAUGAGCCGAGUUUCUCACCGUUCCAAUUUACAAAUUGACUUGUUUUGAGCCGAAACCGGGAUGGAACUCGCCUUCGGGCCGAUGGACUCCAGCGAGUCGCUGGAGGCGUUCUACGACAUCGUUUCCACAGACAUGUACACGGCGAGCGUCGCCUCGCUCGACAUGUACCCAGAAGAGCUGCCUGAACCGAAGCCGAAGGAAGUGAAGAUCGGCGAAGUCCGCAGCCUCGCCAAGCACUGUCUUCACGUCAUAGCAGAUUUCUUCCACAUCUUGUACGAGAAGGUGCCCCACAUCCCAAACCGGCAAUGGGAGUACUUCACGCAGAUCCUGCCGAUAGACGUCGACUUGGGCUAUGCCGCAUUAGUUGUCCGCGACGGACUCUUUUGGAGAAGGGUGACCCUAUUGUCAUGGCCGGGUUUUCACCAGAUCGAAAAUGCCGGCAACAGCUGGAAGAGAUACGCCCUGGAAAAGUAUUUCGCCGAGUACAUCGAGAAAGCGGACAUCAACACGGUCGACUACCUGGAGGCUAAGAGGCUCGCCGAGGCUUUCGCCCCGUUCAUCGUAAAAUUGGAAAUAAAAGAGCUGAACGUACCGCCGUGGCCGCCAGUCGUCGAAACCUCGGAUUCGACCGACACGAACGUCUCGACGGACACGAUCAACACCGGCAUGUCGAAAAUGACCCUGUACACGUACAUGAACAGGCAUGUGAAAUACGACGACCCACCUAUUUCGACGGAUCGCAUAUAUCUAGGGACAAUAUUCAGAGCACUGAACCGACUGGAAGAACUCAAAAUUUGCUUCGGCUAUAGAAACUAUUAUCGUUACAACGUAAUGAACUACGCGCUCAUAAAAAAGAUGGACGCUUUGCGGCUGGCGUCGGCGAUCGAAGCAAUAAACAAUUUAAAGAAAUUGACUAUAACUUCUUCGCUGAUUCCUCCCGAUAUGCUCGAAAUCAUACGAGACAGUAUCGAAUGCCACGAUGGCCUCGAAGAGCUGGAAUUGAGCCGUUUACGUAUCGGAGACAAGAUUAUAAUUGAUAUUAUCGAUAUUCUCGAGAAUCUAGAAUUGCUCAAAAAAGUUUCCCUCGUCGAAAACGGUAUUACAUCAAAUGGGAUUUCUCUUUUAGUGUACGCGCUUAUGCAUAAAAAUAUAAAAAUAGAAGAGUUGGAUCUUUCUUUUAAUAAACUCGACGAUGUCGCUGGCUCGAUGCUAGCGGGCGUGAUUCUUUAUCGGGAUCGGCUGAAAAAGCUGUAUCUGGCCGGUUGUGGGCUAGGUUCCGAAUCGGGGGUAAAUUUCGGCAUAGCGAUCCAGUCUAAUACGACUCUGGAGGUGCUGGAUUUGAGCGGAAAUUACUUUGAUUACGAAGCCGGCGAAAGUCUUUUAAGGGGGGUAGAAAACAACAAUACUUUAUCAAUGCUGGAUGUCCGAGGCUGCGAUCUGCCGAAAGAAACGGUAAAGGAUAUUUUGGACAUUUGCUUCGAACAUAACGAACAACACCGAAAGAAGGAACCCGUCUACAAGUACGUCCUUCCGAAGAAAAAAGCGACCCCGCCACCUUUGGUGGAAGAAGAAGAAGAAAUGGACACCGAACAAUGGAUACUCAGCAAAUGCUUUAUGGGAGAAAAAGACAACAUGACCUUGGAUAACGCAAUGUCCCAGGAAACGGUUUUGUCGGGCAGCUUCUCUGAUAUAUCGGACUAUUACGCAGAACAGAGGGACUGCAUGUUGAAAGCCGGCUUCACUGGUACGUUCUCGUCCGGUUUCGGACCAGUGAUAGAAGGAUACGUUGAAGACACAAGAAGGAGGCAGCGCGAGGAAGCUAGAAGACCGAAAACGAUCGCAGAGCCCGUCGUGCCACAGGUUGACCUCGUAAAGAAACAACAGGAUUACUUCGAAAAACGCAUUGUGCCUCCCACUGAACCCGUGGAAACAAUCUCUGAAGAGGAGAGUGAAAGGCCGAGUUUGGCUCUCAGAUUGUCUGCCGAUUCCUUCGAACAGCAGAACUUAAUAUUUACAGGAAAAACGAGACAAGAGCAAGACGAUUUUCAGAACGCUAAACGAGUCUUCCAAUUAGGAAGGAGGAAGAAGAAACGCAGAAGCUAUAGAGAACGCUACCUCGAGGAAGAAGAGGAGUUCGAAGAGGAAGAGGAAUAUAUUAGGGAUCCUCGCGGAACGUUAGAAAUGGAAAAACGCAUAUUUAAGAUGACUGAUGGCGUUUUUACCCGCACCCAUAAAGACGAAUGGGGUAAGGCUCCCAAAAUAGAAGUGGUCAAACAGGUCGAUGUCGGGUUAUGUAGGGAUUACGAGGAUGAUACUAUGAAAGAAGAUUCUAAGGAGAAACAGUUGGCCACUGGGAAGGAUCCAAGACAAGAAUUGAAGCAAAAGCAAAAACGUACGCUCCUCCAAUUACACAAGAAGUGGGAAAAUAUGUUGAAACGACCCGAUGAGAGCAUGCCACAAUCUGGAGACGAUCUAUCAUCAUUGGAAGACGUAGAAGGUCUAGAGCUAGUCGACGACCUGUGCAGAUCUGAAACCAUCGCACUCGGCGAUGAGAAAGAACUCACCACAGUCUGUGAAAUACCGUUCUGGCGCCCUCAGGAGAGGAAGGUUGCGGAAAAAAUUAAGGCUGUACAACAGGGACUCAGCGAAGAGAAAAAGCAGUCAGCCACAGUAGAAGACGAAACGAAACAACAAGACGACACACAGUCCCCCAAGGUGAUAAUGGAAAAGACUUGGCAACAAAUAUACGACUCUGUCAUGUCGAGCUCUGUUGGCAAGAGCGAUGUAAAAGACAAGGAGGAUUUUUUCAUAAUCAAAAACUAUCUCGACGUCGGAACGAAAACUUACGGUCGCGACAGCUUUGAAACUUCCAUCGUUCUUCAACAGAUGGUCGCAAACGAAAAAGAGUUUAUACUGACUCCGAAUACCUUAUCCGCUUACGAAAAACUAUUGCGCCUGAAAGAAAUAGAAGCUCAAUUUAUAAAAGACUUCACCCCUCCUGUUGUCGAAGUCAAGGAACCACCGUUUUACGGUUACAACACUGAACUCUACGAAAAUAUGUAUCACGAAGAGACUGUUGUCCCUGAAGAAGAGUUCGCUUCGGAAGUAGAAAACCAAUCCGCCGGAGAAACUAUAACAGAAGUGACUUCAAAUUAAAAUAUAUGCUUAUAAACACCACGAUAAUAUUGCUAACUUGUUGUAAGUAAUAAAAAUAUUCGUUUUACACUAA